CCCUUGGCUCCGCUCCCCAGACACAGACGCCGCCAUUUCCGAUGGGACGGUCGCCAAGUCGUCCUGGUACCCCCGGUCAAGGUGGUAUGAUGCAACGCAGUCCAUCGUUGGUAGCCCGUCAGACACCAUCGAACGAACCAAAUCCAGGCAUCCUCAACCAAGAACUCAGCCGUAUGCCUACCGAACUUGUUACGUUGGCCAAAGCAGGAAUGGGUUUUGGCGAUAAGGAGUUGCACUCGCUUAACUUCCAAGAUAAGGUACUUUUGUCGUCAUCGCUAUUAUAGAAAUUUAUCAAGUGAAUUACUUGAAUUACAGCAACGAAUCCUCAAUGAGGUGCGGCAGCGGAGCAUGAAGUCACAACUCGGCCCUGUAGGGUCAUCGAAUUUGCAAGGGAUGGCUCCGCCUGGGCAGCAACGCCGACCUGUUCAACAUCCAACAAUGCAGCAGCCUCCACAACAACAACAACAGCAGCAGCAACAACAGCAGCAGCAGCAGCAACAGCAACAGCAACAGCAGCAACAGCAACAACAACAGCAGCGCACCAUAAAACGUAACAGCACGUCCCCUGGAGAAGAACAUGGCACGCUCCCGAAUAGCGAAAACUCGCCUCCGGACAGGAAGCGGCAGCGCCGCACACCUCCCCCCAUGGAACAAACAUCAUCCAUGGGCCCCGGGCCAGGAUACCCGCACCCGCAACAGCAGGGUAUGCCGGGUGGGCCACAACAAAUGCCCAAUGGUAACAUGAUGCGUCCAGGGCAGAUGCAAGGCGCGCCCAUGAAUAACUUCCAGCCACACGGUGUUCCACCCAACAUGGGUAAUCCUGGUAUGGGACUGCCUAUGGGUGCUCCUGGUAACGCUAUGAGCCCGGGCAUGCAUCCAGCUCAUAACAUGAUGAUGGUCAAUGCCAAUGCAGCCUUGCAGUACCGACAGAGUAUGACCGCAGCGACAAAGGGCUUAAUGGCAGCGGCCACUCCCGGUGUUUCUGAGCAAGGUUUCCAUCCUGGGCAAGGUCAACAACAGUUUGUUGGUCCCCAGAACACUCGAAUCGGCCAGAACUUGGUUCAAGCCAAACCUAUGGGCGGCAUGGCGCCACCUGCGUCACCAGCCAUGGGUGGUCCCAUGAAAGAUCAGAAGGAUGUUAAGCCCAUGAUCAAUAACCCUUCAGGUAUACCAGAAGGGUCACCUCACAGCGCUCCCGCUGCUCCAGGCCAGGGAGGGCCUUCAUCCAACCCUACGGGGAGCGCACACGGCACUGCACCCCCGACUCCAAAUACCAUUAACUCAAGCAUCACACAAUCCCCUGCUCCGAAUGGGACACCUUCAGUCCCUCCGGCUUCGAAUCCCGCGAGCCAACCGCAACCCAAUCUAUCCGAUCUACCACCUAAUUUCAUGUCUUCAGACUUCAUUCAAUCUAUGUCAGCAUUGGAAGACCUAGACCCAUCCAUGUUUCGGACAGAUUUUGAGCAAGACUUCCGUGAAUGGUUCGAUCCGACCGGUGUGGAUCUCAAGUAAACGGUGGAUGGAAGAUAUGAUUUUUUCGGGCUAUGUGUUUGUUUCAUUCCUCUUGCUUUUCGAACAUUUUUACCUCAAUUCAUACGUGUACAUGUGUUUUUUUUUGCGCUGACCCCCUUGUUUUCUCCCUCUUCGCGCGGAAUCAGGAUGUCUUAUUUAUUGCAAAAGCUGCAGCGAGCAGUGACAUCUUGGCUCCUCCCAGUUUAGAUAGCUUAUUUUUGUCGUCGACUUGUUGCGAUAGUUCCACUUGCUGUUUGUUACCUCGCUCGGUCACCCUCUCUCAUCUUGCUGCAUGUAUAACUAAUCUCAUCAUGAUCUACUUCUCGUUCAUC